AUAAUUUCUUUAAAUUAAAUAAAGAAAAAUCCCCAAAAGGGCGAAGAAAGAAAAAUCCUCUGGGAUUUAUUAAAAAACAACGACGAAAUCGAAAGAAAAAGGAGUUGCAGACAUCCGGGGAGAGAGAACAACUCUCCUCUAAAGGCUUCCCAAAAAUGCAGGGAUCCAAAGCAGCCAUUAGUUUAUUCCAAUUUCAAGUUGUGGUUAUUUCAGUUUGUCUCUUCUCAUUCUCUUCCACUCUCAAGAUCGGAGAAACUUGCUCCUCCGGCGCCAAAUGCGAUUCCGGUCUUCUUUGCAGCACUUGCCCUGCCAAUGGAAACACGCGGCCGAGAUGCACUCGUGUCCAGCCUAUAAGUCCAACGUCGAAGGUGAAGGGUCUGCCAUUCAAUCGUUACUCAUGGCUUACGACUCACAACUCCUACGCUCGUUUCGGCGACAAAUCGGCGACGGGAUCGAUCCUCAUCGCGCCCACCAAUCAGGAAGACACCAUCGCCAGUCAACUGAACAAUGGAGUUCGUGGGCUGAUGUUGGAUAUGUACGACUUUCUGAAUGAUAUUUGGUUGUGCCACUCCUUCGGUGGCCAGUGUCUGAAUGCCACUGCAUUCCAACCAGCGAUCAACGUGUUGAGAGAAAUUGAGAAGUUUUUAGGAGCAAACCCUGAAGAGAUUGUCACGAUCUUCAUAGAAGACUACGUGAACUCUCCACAAGGUUUGAGUAAGGUGUUCGAUGCUUCUGGGCUGAAGAAGUAUUGGUUCCCAGUUUCCAGAAUGCCCCAAAAGGGUGAGGAUUGGCCAACCGUAGAUGAUAUGGUAAAGCAAAACCAGAGAUUGCUAGUUUUCACCUCUAAAGAAUCGAAAGAGACAUCGGAAGGCAUUGCUUAUGCGUGGCGUUAUGUCAUCGAAAGUCAAUAUGGGGAUGAAGGAAUGAAGCCUGGAUCCUGUCCAAACAGAGGAGAGUCGCCCCCGAUGGAUACGAAGACGAGAUCCUUGAUCCUCAUGAACUAUUUUACUACUAAUCCCAACACAACAGCCGUUUGCUCAGAAAAUUCAGUCCCAUUAAUCAGCAUGAUGAAUACUUGCCAACAAGCAGCUGGCAAACGGUGGCCAAAUUUCAUCGCUGUUGAUUUCUAUCAGAGGAGCGAUGGUGGAGGGGCUCCAGAAGCUGUGGAUGAAGCCAAUGGUCAUCUCACUUGCGGGUGUAAUAAUAUCGCCUAUUGCAAGGGAAAUGCCACAGGUGUAUGCGACAACCCACCGAUUUCUCCCCCUCCACCGGCCGCCUUGGAACCAGCGGAAGGCGACUCCAAUGAAGCCCACUUUAAUGGCAGACCAGUGGAGCUCAGGUGGUUGGUCGGAGCAAUUUUGUCCAUGACACUGUUACUACGCCUCAAUUAGUCAUUAUUCUGGUAGUCUCUGCUCUUCAGUGUGGGGAACCACACGCCACUCCCCCCUUCGAUAACAUUGACAACCAGUUGAUCUCCCGUACUACGGAUACAAAUUAUACUUGAUCUCCCUUCGAAUAUUAAACUUUUUCAAUUCAAACACGUUUGAGAAUGCUUCUGAAAGCAGUUCCUUUGUUUAUUAAAAUAUAUGAAUACAGCUGAGAAAUGAUCAAUGAUGCAUACAGCUGGAUAAUGGAUAAGUCGCAUGGCAUUCAAUGCUAGUUUUAAAUGGCAUUAAAGUCAUCAUCAAUAAGAAAGGUACAAAUCUAUCAAAAA